CACGGGGAGCGCCCCCUGGCAACGAGCGGCCGGCAAACCGGCAUUUGCACCCUGGGAGUCCGAUCUGCUGACGGAUCGCUCUCCCCUCACACCGCCGUCGCGACGGAUCGCCACGACGGCAACAACAACAAAACCUUCGCUCGUCCCUUCGCACUCACUUCCGCGCGGUGGCGGAGGUUCCGGGCCAAAAUUUCACGGAUACAGUUUGCCGAGAAAUGGGGUGUGACCCCCGUGCUGAAGCCGCGGUGUGUGGAGGCCGGCAAGCUGGGGUCAACCCCCCGGCGGCGGGCCUCCACAGGCAAAGAACGCAAUACCCCCGCAUCGGGGAAUGGCAGCGUGCUCGUUUUGCCCACUUCGGAUGGUGGUUCUCACAUUCUUUCCUUUCUUCCCGAAUCCAGGUCGCUUCCGAAACUGGGCAGCGAGGACUUGGGAGGUCCGGAGGGCAUCAACAACCAGCAACAACAGCAGCAGCAACAACAGCAGCAGGGUUCACCAGCUCCAGGCAACUUCGAGCCCAUCCCUCACGACCACGACUUCUGCGAGAGGGUAGUCAUCAAUGUCUCCGGGCUACGUUUCGAGACCCAGCUGCGGACGCUCAACCAGUUCCCCGACAGCCUACUUGGAGAUCCAGGUCGUAGAAUCCGGUACUUCGAUCCAUUACGCAACGAGUAUUUCUUCGAUCGUAACCGGCCCAGCUUCGACGCCAUCCUCUACUACUACCAAAGUGGAGGACGGCUGAGAAGACCAGUGAAUGUGCCGCUUGACGUCUUCGCAGAGGAGAUCAAGUUCUAUGAGCUUGGAGAGGUUGCCUUUAACAAGUUCCGUGAGGACGAGGGUUUCAUCAAGGAGGAGGAGAAGCCCCUGCCCAAGCAGGAACUCCAGAAGAAAAUGUGGCUGCUUUUUGAAUAUCCAGAGAGUUCUCAAGCAGCCCGUGUUAUCGCCAUUAUUUCUGUGGUGGUAAUCUUGUUGUCCAUCUUUAUAUUCUGCCUGGAGACGCUGCCCGAGUUCAAACACUACAAACUCUUCAACAUGACCAAUAACAUGACACGUGUGAUGGAGGACGAAGUCCCCAAAACAACAGACGCUUUCUUUAUCAUCGAGACAGCCUGUAUAGUGUGGUUCACUUUCGAACUACUGGUGCGUUUCUUGGCAUGUCUGCAAAUAGCUUUCUUCAAGGAUGUUAUGAACAGUAUAGAUCUGGUGGCCAUCAUUCCUUAUUUCAUUACUCUAGCAACUGUGGUAGCUGAAGCAAAAGCUCAAGAACUGCCCAUUAUUUCUGUGAAUGAGAGGGCCGGAAACAACCAAGCCAUGUCACUGGCCAUUCUUCGUGUCAUCCGUCUUGUCCGAGUGUUUCGGAUUUUUAAGCUGUCCAGACAUUCGAAGGGCCUGCAGAUCCUUGGAAGGACUCUGAAGGCCAGUAUGCGAGAGUUGGGCUUGCUUAUUUUCUUCCUAUUUAUUGGUGUUAUCCUGUUCUCGAGUGCCGUGUACUAUGCGGAAGCGGACGCGGAACGCUCCUACUUCAAAAGCAUUCCUGACGCCUUUUGGUGGGCAGUGGUCACUAUGACCACUGUGGGUUACGGUGAUAUGAGGCCAAUCGGCGUCUGGGGCAAAAUCGUGGGCUCCCUCUGCGCCAUUGCCGGCGUCCUAACAAUCGCCCUUCCCGUGCCAGUAAUAGUCUCCAAUUUCAAUUACUUCUAUCACCGCGAAACGGACCAAGAAGAGAUGCAAUCUCAGAACUUUAAUCAUGUGACUAGCUGCCCCUACUUACCAGGGACAGUGGGAUCCAAACUAAAACGCGACUCACUAAGUGAAUCUACUUCGGACAUCAUGGAAUUGGAAGAAGGGGCGAUAGACCCAGAGAUAACGCCUGGUACGCCUUCCCCAGGAUUACAAAAGAGGUCCAAUCCCGGCCACACAAACAACAACCAUACCUCGUCCGUGUCGGUGGCCGUUGAAACGGAUGUUUGAUUCCAGUUCAUUCCGUCUACAAAUGCUAUGUAUUUAAGUUCAGCUUUGGAUUUAAUUUGCAAAA